GCAGCGGCACUUCCGGUUUGGUGCGGCUGCCGGAGCAGGGCCCGGGCGGAGCAGGCGGCGGCUCGGAGGAGCGGAGCGGCCGGGAUGGCGGUGGACACGCGGCUCCUGGAGGGUCUGACCCUGUGUCAGCUCAACGAGCUGCUGGAGGACGAGGAGCAGCUGCAGGGCUUGGCCCUGGGGAUGGACGAGGCCCAAAAUGUUCAGCUUAGCAAGGAAAUGACUCUUGCCAGCAACCGUAGUCUGGCUGAGGGCAAUCUUUUGUACCAACCAAAAUUGGACUCUCUGAAAGCAAGUUUGAACCAGAAAUAUCAGGAGCUGCAGGUUCUUUUUGAAGCAUAUCAGAUCAAGAAAACCAAGCUAGAUAAACAAUCCAGCAGUGCUUCCCUGGAGACACUAUUAGCACUUCUUCAAACAGAGGGGGCGAAGAUUGAAGAAGACACUGAGAAUAUGGCAGAAAAGUUUCUUGAUGGUGAAGUAUCGCUGGAUUCAUUCAUUGAUGAAUACCAGAGCAAACGUAAACUGGCUCACUUGCGACGUGUAAAAAUCGAGAAGCUCCAAGAGAUGGUGCUGAAGGGACAGAGACUUCCACAGGUUCAGCAGCAGCCUCAGCCAAGAGCACCUGAGACAACACCAGCACCUCAAACUUCCUACUCUUCAGAUGCAAACACUCCUCCCUCAGUUAUGCCCCGACGAAUACCACCCCCACCUCCUCCAUCAGUCCCGGCAGGACGCUUCCCCACUCCAUUUACUGCAGCCAUGGAUUCAGGACCAGCUCUUCCUUAUCCAGGAGUUCCAUACCCUCCUCUUCCCCCACGAGUGGGAGUUCAGUCUGCAGGUCAAAUGCCACAGCCAGGAUACCCAUCUCAGUUUGUAUCACAAUUCCCUCCAGCACUGCCCCAAAGACCACCACCUCGUCUUCCACCACAUCCUGGCUUUAUCCUACAGUGAAUACAUCAGUGCGCCUAACUCAUGUAUUGGUGCUUAAAUUUUAGUCCUUUCUCUCUCCCUCUCAGAGACUUAAUAUAGGCAAUGGAAAACCUCUGUGCUUUGCACAAUGGAACACAAAGUUUGGGCUGCAACAUGGGGUUGUGAAAUUGCACUCAGUAAAUAAUCAUUUUCUUUUCUGUUUCUUAAAAUCAGUGACUAUGUAAACUAUUUUUUGUAGGAAGGUGGUGGGGCCGAAUUUUGUAAAUCUGGCAAGUUGUGAAACAAUGCAGUGGAUUUGUUUGCAUUAUAAGUAUGGUCUCAAUACUUCAGUGAUGGUAAAUGAUUUUAAGGAAAAUAAUAUACUUGUCUGACAUGGUAUUGUGUUCUCAUUGCGGCUAGAUUUUAAGCAUGGUUAAUCGUGAGCUAUUUAUAUCUCAAAAGAAUUUUCUGUGCUGUCUGUGCUGGUAUUUGGGUGGUAACCAUUGUAUCUAAAUGCUAAGCAUAAAGCUGCAGUGGAAAUGACCUGCAUUCUUUGAAAUAAACCCAAGGCUCCACAUUGGUGGCCGGGUACACUAACUUUUGUCUCCGAUCCUGCUAAUCAGAAAAUGUUCGGUAGCUUAUUUUGAAAAAUAUUAAUUCUUAAAAUAUUUUUAACUCCUAAAUUUGUUGUUGCUUUGGGUUUUUCACAAUAAAAAUGCACACCUUUCACUUCUGUACAUUGUUAAUUUCCUGAAAGUCCCGGUCUUUUGAAAUAAGUAACCGAAUAUCUUUCUCUAUUAGGUGAUUGAUCCUGGAAGCCAGGUAAAGAAAACUAUUUGUAGUGCCAGUUCAUAUUUUUGUAGAAACUUCACCGUCCACACCCUCUUGAACCUAGUCUCACCAGCCUCCUUCUGUUUUCCCCACUUUCCUGCCUUGCUGUUAGGGUAGCUGCUUACUUUUAGCUUAAUUUGUCCUUCUCAUGCCAUGGGUUUAAGAAGCAAUUUUUUUUACACAAGUGUAACUUUUGAUGUUGUCUUGUGAUUUCAGUACCCACAGUGCUAGGCCUAAAUUUCUCUUAAUCCAGCACUGGGCAGUCAUCUCAUUUGGUGCCCAUUCAGAGUCCACAAACGCGUAUUCUCAACCUCUCUGCUCUGUCUCUUAUUUAGAGGCACUUCUUGCCCCUAGACACCAUCAUCUUCUGUCCUGCAGUGUUUGAAAUUCUUUUUCAUCUGAAAUGUACAAUUAACCUUCCCUCCACUAGUCAAAACACUCUAGGAUGGCUGUUUGCAUCUUGCUUAAUUUGUCCUCCCAUUCCCAUGCCAUUUGGGGCAGAAGUGGGAUCGCUACACAAGUUUAGCUUUGAUGUCAUUGUGCGACUCCUGGAACCAGGGCCCUAGGCGCAAGCCCAUGUCUUAAUCAGCCCUGAGCAGCCAUAUUGUUUGAUGACUAAUCAAAAUUCCGCAAACUCAUAUUCCCAGCCUCUCCCAGCCUCAAUCAACCUUUGCCCUUCCACUAAUUAGAACAGUGAUGUAAGAAACCUAGUUCAGAAUCUGCUGCAUCUUGUAUGUGGAGAUAGACUUUUUCAAACCACCAUCUCCACUGUCCGGGAGAGUGUUAGAUUGCUUGGAAGGCUCCAGUGCCUUUUUUCUGAUAAGGGUAAAACAGAUUAUUUAUUUGAUUUCUCCCCCUCGCCCCCCAUUCUAUGUAAACCCUCUGACUCCCAAUUAGUUAUUUCCCCCCUGAAGUUUGAUCGUUACUAAUAAUAAAUAAUCUCAUAACAGGAAACCCUCUGGUCUGAAAAUAGGACUACAUGGCUAACUCUCCCAUUUGAAGAUCAGAGACUGCAGAUGGGUACCUGAAGAAGCUCCCCCUACAUAAAUCUGGAAAGGGGGGGGAAUUUUGUAAACCUAGCAAGCUGUGAAACAAUGUGCAGUGGAUUUGGUUGCAUAAGUAUGGUCUCUCUCUGUAAUCUAGUGGUGGUACAUGAUUUUUUAAAGUGUCUUUUCUUGGUAUUGUGUUGCCAUUGAGGCUUCAUAUAUGCAUGAUUAAUUGUGAACUCUGUCUUUCACUAAGAAUGUCCUGUGCUACCAAUGCUAGGAUCUGGCUAGUAACCAUUGAAUCUGAAUGCUGAGCAUAAAGCCGCUAUAGAACUAAUAAACCCAGGUCUAGAGCUACCAGAUUGAUAGAUGGGUACAAAACCGCUAAACGGACACUCAGAUUAGAUUUGCUAAAGCUUUGUAAAAAUAACCAGGUAGAUUUUAUGCUUAUCAAUUGCCAACUUAUUUUCUGGGUUAAAAAAUUCCCCAGAAACGAUGGCGGGGAUGAGAUAAGCGUAUUUUGAAUUUUGCACUGCAUUUUAUAUACCUAACUCUUUUUCGAAUGGUAUAGCCCAUUAUUGGUAUUACUGAGAAAUAGUCCAAAAUAUUUUUUAUUACUUGUUAAAUUUGUCUGUUUUUAGUACCUUUAAUGAUAACAGGACCAUUCAGGGAUACUUUGUUUAAAAAAAAUACUGUAUUGUGCAAACUAAAUACAGAUUAAUUUGGUGCAAUUUACUGUCUGAAAACAAUGCAUUAUCACAUAUGCAUGUGGCUGAUGUGCCUUAGGAUCAGUACUUGUGAUUAUAAUAUUCUUACUAGAAUGUUAGCGUAUCUUUCAAAUCAAUGGCCAUUGCUUAACCCUUUUGCUGUAGGGAUACUUUCUUUUAUGAAAAUUUUUUCACCUAGUACUUUAGAAUAAGGCAGUAUCUGCUAUUUGUAUGCUUAAUUGCUCUCAGUGGAUGAUUAGUUUGGUUUUUAGACACUGUCACAAUGACUGUUUCAGUUGUUAUAACAGUCUCAAAACUGAACUCCAGAUGUUCAUGGAAAAUGCUUGGCCAUUAAUGAGUAUUGGUGUACGUGCAAACUGCUUUGUAGUUACUUAUGUGCUUACUUGAUGGCAAUGUUUGGGGGGUGGAGGAAGAAGAGAGCUUUGGAAAGCUUUUUGAGUCUUAUUUUCAGAAACACAAAUUAUAUCACACUAAUCUGGCUGGGUAGGGUAAGAGAUGCAGGGGCUAUUUCAUGCCUCCCACCCUCCGACACUGUUUCCAACUCAUCUGUUAUAGUUAGAGUAAAUUGUGCUAUAGAUAGGAUGUUUAGAACCAUUUGAAUCUGUACUGUAUAUAAUUAAAGUGUUGUUAAAAUGCUAUUGGCAAGUUGGAUCCUAUAUAAGGGGAUGGCUCCAUUCUCUUGCCAAAAUAUUCUUUAAUACACAGUGUGGUUUGAUUUGAAAUGUGUGCUACAAAUGGCAAAUACUUCUAAAAAGAAUCAGAGUUAAGGAAACAUUUUUAUAACAUGAAAGUGGACACUGAGCUCAAAUGGCGAGGUGUAACAUGGUUUUAGAAUGCAGGUAGCAUUUUAAAUGCCCAUUUUGGAUGGUUUAGGCUUCUGCUAACACUUUGUAUGGAACUUUGUAAAUGAUAACUUUAUUUACGUUACCUGUACUGGGUAGUUAGCGUUGAAUAGUAAUAAUUUAAGACAGCUUUCCAGGGCAGCAAAACUUGUCUCCGAGGAGACCAACCAAUCAGUUGUUUAGAAAGGUUGUACUGGCAACCCCCGUGAUACAACAGAGUCACUGUUUAGAGUAAUCUUCCAUCAUGUGACUCCAGGAGGCAGGAUACUUAAUCCAGUCCUGGCUAGCUAUAUCAUUUGGUGCCCAAUUAAAGCACCACAACCUCAUAUUCCCAAUCCCUCCUGAACCUGCCCACUCCAAACUGGAUCAAUGAUAUAGAAGCAGAGUCCAAAAUGUGUCUGCCUUGCUCUCCUCUCUUGUCUAGGGGUUUCUGUGUUCCGUCCCUCAUCUCCCAGUGUCCUGAAGCUUCUGUAAUUUCUCUUUGGCUGGAAUGAUUCAUGAGCUGUCUUCCUCUAACAGUGGUAAUAGAACUUUUUAGAAUAAUAGAAUAUAGAACAUAAAAUAACUUGUUUUUCUAUCCAAACCAUGAUUUUUCAAUAGGCUGUUUUCCUCCUAACCCUUGGUAGUUGCUGGCAAUUACUAGGAAAUCUGAUCAGGAAAUCCUUUGGUCUAAAAAUAGGACUUUUGACUAGCCCUCCCCUUAGGAGUUCAGAGGCAGCAGAUUGGUCAAAAUUCUUGGCACCUGAACAGUUCCUUAGAUAAGCCUGGAGAGCGCUAAUAGAGGGGUAAUUUUAUAAGUUGUGAAACACUGUGCAGUAGUUUUGUUUGCACAAUAAGUAUGGUCUCUCUAAUCUAGUGAUGAUGCAUGAUUUUAAUAAACUAGCAUAUUUGUCUGUCUUAGUAUUACGUUCCCAUUGCAGCCUGAUUUAAGCAUGGUUAAUUGUAAACCAUUUGUCUCAAAAGAAUGUUCUGUUCCAUCCGUUGGUAUUUGAUGUGUGGUAACUAUAUUUGAAUGGUAAGCAUAAAUCUGCAAUGGAAGUGUGUAUUGCUUGAAAAACUAACCUCAGGUCUAGGCCGCAACAUUGAUGGUUGUAUACAGUAAAUUUGCUCUUAGAAUAAGAGGUGCACUAACUCUGAACAGACACUCUUGCAUUAGAUUUUCUAAAGUUUUAGAAAAAGCAGCCAGGUAGAUUUUACCCUUAGCAGGUGUCAACUUACAGAGGAGCUCUUAAGUUUCAGUUUCCUUUGAUUUCAGUUUCCUGCUACUUAAUCUGGCUAUGGGGAUAGAUCUUGCGCAUCCUAGAUACUAAACUUUUGAAGGCUGACAGUGUGUGGAGAAAGGCCUACACAUUGCUCCUGUUUUCAUGCAGAAAAACUUUACACUGAACAUAGUUAAGACAAUAUAAAUAUGGAGAAAUAAGACUCCCAAGUCUACUUAGGCACCUGAGCCAUAGGAAGAGCAGAAGAGACACUUGGGGAUACUCCCCCAAAAUAUCUGCCACUUUAAAAGCAGUAUUAAGCAGAAACUCAGCACAAGUAAACUGAUCACCAGCUAUGGUUAAGAAGUCUUUCCCUUAUAAUACUGUUCCGUUAGCUGCAUCUUGGGGAUGCAAGGAUUGGGGACAGGAUUUGAACACACUUCUUCCUGUGCUGCAGGAAACUGGCAGUGUUGAAAGCUGGGAAUAUAAAAGGCUUUGCUUUCAGUGCCUUUAAAUGAUAUGGCCUGUGGGGGGGAGACGGAAUCAAGAAGUUGCAGUUCCUAAGCACUGGAUUUCUAGGAAGUUGGGACAGUGGCUGCAGUUUGAAGACUGUUAAUAUGUAACUUCUAAAUAAGUCUGUUAAAAGCAUUUACUCUGAGAUCCAAAUAGGCCAUCCAGGAAGUUGCCAAAUGUUUGGUAAGUUGACAGUGAUAUUUAUUCUGCAUGGACAAAUGUUUCUUAUGUGGUAACCUUUAGUGGUGAAAAAUGCCUUAUGUUAACUCCUGGAGGUGGGGGGAGACAAAUUGUUUGCCUAACUCAGGCUGGUCUUUAAAUAUAAGACAAAGGUGUAAUACCAUUAAAACUGAGAUCAGCAUGUCAUUGGCAUACUGGCAACCCUGCGGAUAUUAUAGAGCGUCUGUUUCCAGCUAGCAGUUGUGAUCUAUCAUGAAUGUUCACGGUGGUGAGAAGUUUGUGUGCACACCCUGUUCAGCUCUCUAUAUCCUUUGUCACCAGAAAUUAUUAUAGAUUCACCACUUUUGGUACUAGAUGAUCAAUUAUUUUGGCCUGUGUAAAGAAAACUCCUAGUAUCAACUUCAAAUUCAAAACACCCUCCAGCCCCACACCCUAGUUUAUCCCACCCCAAUCUCGUUUUUUCCCCACACUUGCUGAGGAGGGUUCUGUGUGUUUGCUUAAUUUCUCUAAGUAUGUGGGUUAUAAUAUAUAUUUUCAUGACUUUGGAAGCUCGGAUUUCAUUGUGGUGAUUCAAGGAACUGGAGCCAGAGUCACAAGCCUACAUUUUUAAUCCACCGCUGGGCAGCAUAGCUCAUAUUCUAAACUCCCUCUGACCCCAAAUCUCUCACCAGUGCAGCCUAAAACAAUGACACCUACAAAAAAGCCAGGCCCCAAAUCUUCUCCAUCUCUCAUCUAGAGGCACCUGUUUUUUAAACUACCAUCUCCCAGUUUAGAAGUGGUUGAAAUAAUUUUCCAUUAGGAACGGUCCAGGGACGAUUUUCCCUUAAAGGUCAAAAUAGAAUAUUUUUUCUCUACACAAACCAUAACUCAUCUAGUUGUUUCUCCCCUAGAAUUUUGUAGUGGCUACAUGCUAACAUUAGCAUAAUAGCGUCUAAUCUGGAAGGUAGGCUGUUGGGCUGACUCUGCCUCUAGAAGAUCAAAGGCACCAGAAUGGUCAAAGUUCUUGGUAUCUGAACAGCUCCCUGAAAGCCUGGAAAGUGAUGAGAAGGGAAUUGGUAUCCCUGGCAAGUUGUGAAACAAUGUGUGGUGAAUUUGUUUGCAAGUCUGGUCUCCCAAUACACUAGCUGAUGGUAAAUGAUUUUAAAUAGCGUAGCAGACACUUUUCUUGGUAUUGUGUUCCCAUUAUGGCUUGCUUUCAGCAUGGCUAAUUGUGAACUACUAAUGUUUCAAAAUAAUUUUUUUGGUGAUGCCAUUUGGACGUUAACUGUCAUAUCUGAAUGCAAAGCAUAAAGCUGCGGUGAAAAUGAGCUAGGCCACAAGAGGUGGUGGUUGUGUACAGGAAGUUUAGGGGGGUUGUGUGGUAAAUAUGUCCCUAAUCAGAUUAUCAAAAGCAUAGUAAAAUCAACCAGGUAGAUUGCACACCUAGCAAGUGCCAAUUUAUUUUGAGCUAAGAAAAAUUCUCAGUGAUGGAGGGGAUAAGAAGUGUGGUCUGAAUUUUGAACUGAAGACUACCUACCUACCUUCCAACUAUUUCUAGUAAGAAAUAGUGCAAGUAAAAUACAAGUAAAAUUUUCUAUUAAGAAAUAUUUCAAAAUAUUUUUACUUGUUACAUUUUCCUCUUUUUAAAGUAAUUUGUAUAAUGAUGACAGGACCAUUCAGGGAUACUUUGUCUAAAAAGGCAAACCUGUACUGUGCAAAUUAAAUACAAAUUAAGCUGAUGCAAUUUGCUGUCAGAAAACGAUGCAUUAUCACAUAUGUAUGUGGCUGAUGUGCCUUAAAAAUCACUCUUUGCAAUUGGGCCAGUAAGACUAUGAACUUACCUUUCAAAUCAAUGGCCAUUGCUUAACUCUUUUGAUUAAGGGCCCUAAAAGGCAUCCUUUUUUAUAAAAGAUUUUUCAGCGAGUACUCUAGAAGGUUAAAGGGUGGUAUCUGCUAUUUGUAUGCUUAAUUGCCCUCAAUGGAUGAUGGAUUUUUAAAAAUACACUGUCAGGGAAUCUUGUAUUAAGUCAGUUGUAACAAUCUUGUAACUGAACUCUAGCUGCUUAGGGAAAAUGUUCUUUCAUAAAGUAUGUGUGUGUGUUCAAACUGGUUUGUGGUUACUGAUAUGCUUGACUGUUGGCAGUGUUUGAGGGUGGAGGAGGAAGAGAGCUUUGGAAGGUUGAAUCCUUCUUUCAGAAACCCAGUUGACACUAUACUAAUCUGUCUGGGUGAGAUGAGAAAUGCAGGUGAUAUUUCAGUGUCUCCCAACUGUUUUUGUUAAAAAACGAGUAGUUUCUGUUGUAGAUAGGAUGUUUAGAACUAUACUAAUCUGUACUCUUUAUAAUGAAAGAGAGAUUAAAAUACCAUUGGCAAGUAGGAGCCUAUAUAAAGGGAUGGCUCAAUUCUCUUGUCAAAAUGUUCUUUAAUAUACAGUGGUGUGAUUUUUGUUGUGUGUGUGUGCUACAAAUGGCAAAUGCUUCCUAAAAAUAAUCUACAUUAAGGAAAUGUCUUUAUAACAUAGAGUGGGCACUGAGCUUAAAUUGAGAGGUGUAACUUGAUUUUAGAAUGUAGGUAGCAUUUAAAAUGUGGUUUUGAUGGUUUUUACUUCUGCUGACAUUUGUAUGGAACUUUGUAAAUAGUGACCUUGGUCACUUUACCUGUACUGUGUAGUUAGUGUUUUUUUAAAAAAGAUUAUAAAAGUACUACAGCAAUGAAGAUGGACUUGCCAUGUUUAUCCGUAGGGUUCUUUAAAAAUCUCAUUUGUGUACAUUAUCGUAGUUCUUUGAACAUUCAGCAAAAUGAGCUGUGGAUAGACAAAUGGUGAUGAGUUGUUGUGGUUCUAGUUCUGCGUUAGCCAAAGUGUGUAUUCCUUGGAGGUACUUCCAUCAUGGAACUCGCUGUGUUAAUUGGCUUUGCUCUUCUUGUGAAUAAAUCAUUAGCACUGUUUGUACAUAUGUUGAAAGCAACUUUGAAACUGAAGAACUACCUUCCUCUUUUUGUGCAUAGUGUGACAAGUCCACUACCUAUUCUUUCUCAGACCUUAAAGGAUGAAGUUCAGGAUGGAGUGAAACUGAAGAAAGCUAAGAGGUAUUGGAUUUACCUGACUAGUGCCGAGAACCCAAUAAGUAUAAUUAUGACUAAUCUGUCAACACUACUUAGCAUAUUAAAAUAAUAAACUGGUUUGUAAAUA